AUGUUUGGUGCACGGCCAAAAGGAGUGAAGUCGAAGCAAAAGAAGCGCAGGGAUGGAGGACAUAGUGCUCCCAAACCAUCAGUGGUUUCGCAGGAGACAACCUUUCCAAAUGGAAAAGCUAGAUCCACCACAAGUCUGAACCCUAGCAGGCCAUCUUACAUUAAUGGCCCAUACAACGCCAACCCCGCCGCCGAUACGACUACAACAUUUCCAGCGGAGUUGAAUCACCGUGGGCCGUAUGAAAAUGCUCAAAUGCUCCCAAAUUUACCGUGCCAGCACGAUAGCUCAAGCUUGAGUUCAGUCUACCCGAUAUCUUCAACUCUCAUCAAAGCUCACGACGACUCCUUUCUUGGAACCUUCAAUCAUACCAUCUCGUCCAAGCUAGAUGAAGUCCUGACUGCUAUCGACGAGGAGACAUUCACAGGGGAAGAAAGAGACCUCGUCAUCCCCAAUGAACCUGCAACAAGCCUCCGUGGCGGAGGCCACUUCUUCUCCAAAAAGUCAUCCGCCACAGCAGCGGCCGACAGAGCAAUCACCUCGACGAUAGCAACGAGCAAUGUCUUCGCUAAGGCAACUCUCUAUGCUAACUCCAAGCUCCCUUUGCACCUUCCACCACUGCAACUCUACCUUCCCGCUUACCCCCUAAUCUGCCUCGCAGCCCAAUACUCACGGCGAGCCUACUCGAAAGCCACCACCGGCGAGCGCGAUGCCUUCAUCGGCGCAGACUGGCGACUAGGGACAAAAGCCAUGGUCAUAAAAUCCAUAGCCGUUGACGAGCAGAACACCAUCGUCUUUGCAAUACGCGGGUCGCAGACAUUUAUGGACUGGGCGGUCAAUUUGCACACGAACCCCGAACCACCGGAGGGCUUCCUCGACGAUGUAGGCAAUCUCUGCCAUUCAGGCUUCUUAUCAGUAGCGCGAAAGAUGAUGAAACCCGUCGCUGCUCGCCUCCGCUCUUUAUUGGAAGAAAACCCAGCUCGAAGCACCUGUUCGCUUCUCAUGACAGGCCAUUCAGCUGGCGGGGCAAUCGCAACGUUACUGUACGCGCACAUGCUCGCAGAGACGGAAGGUGCGCGAUCAGAACUGAAUAUUCUGACUGGUGCCUUUCGACGCAUCCACUGCUUGACAUUCGGCACGCCGCCCAUCUCGCUCCUUCCGCUAGAAAAACCAAGUGCAGAGCGGUACAAGAAGAGCCUGUUCUUCUCAUUCAUCAAUGAAGGCGAUCCUGUCCCGAGAGCUGAUCCGGCGUACAUAGGCUCGUUGCUAAGACUUUAUGCUAGCCCUGCACCUGAGAAGGGGAAAAGAAUAGCUCUCCCAGAUAUCAAGCUACUCCGAAAACGACAGCAGGAUAAAGCGAAGAAACUACCACUCACGUCUCAAGAUUACGUGUGGGAUGUCCCGCCAGGUACGCUUUCGAAUGCUGGAAAAUUGGUUGGGCUGAAGGGAGAGCCGGGACCGAGGGUGGCAGCUGGCAAUGAAGAGGAUGUGAAGGCCGUGGUGCUACGAGAUUAUGAUUUGAGAGGCGUGGUGUUUGGGGAUCCGGUUAUGCAUAUGAUGAAUGUUUAUGCGAGACGAGUGGAAGUGCUGGCUACGAAAGCUGUUACCGGAGGAUUGUGGCAUGAAGCUUGA